AUGGAACAAGAUGAGUUCAGCUUCCUCAUCGACGAUCUUACGGAAGACGCCAGCCUCCGGAAGCUGCAAACUAAACUGAAUAGCCUCUGGGACUUCCACUCAACUGGCGACGGCGACGAUAAUACUACAAAAUAUUUGAAUCAACAAGGCGAUCACGCUGUCAAAGUGACUCGCCUCCUUCUUCAAGAAGCGUGUGUAAAUGACAGCUUCCGUGUCCGAUGCGACGCAGACAGCUUAGGCAAGUUAGCGGGAAACGUAGCGUCCUACAUCGCCGACACUUUGACCACCGAUUUUCACCAACGCGCACCGUCCCUCGAACUCGCCAAACUCGUACCCCUCUUGUCCAAACUCGCUACCCAACUCGCAAACUCCGGACUCGAAACAUCAAUUUGUGAACUAUUCCACGGCGCGACGCGGUCUUUCUUACGACACGUCCUAAACGAAAACUUUGAACCGGCGCCCCAACUCCUCAACCUCUGCUUCACCUGCACGCACGUUUUGAUCCGAACCGCCGGUCAACUUCAGUCUUUAUCGGAGGUAGACCAACUGUGUCUUCAAGCGCUGAAGGGCGGCAAAACCGAAACCACGGCUCGUGUGCUAACGAGGUACCUACCCGACUUGGCUGCCUACAGACCUGCCGAGUUCCUGGCGUUCCUAAAAAGCGUCGUCGACAUUCUUCGAUCUUUCUUCGAGCUCGACCGAAACGGGUACCUCGAGGAGAAGCAGUCCGGCGGUUACUCGAUCCUCACGAGUAUCGUCGAGUACCUCAAAGUCGGGGUUGGGGACGACGGAAGCUUUGUCCGUGAAGACUUCUUCUGGCUGAUGAUUCAGCGUGGACUGGUGCAUCCCGACUCCCUGACGAGGAAGCAGUGCAUGUUCAUCGUGAGGCAUGUCUUGGAUGCCUGCUGCGACCUGGGCUGCGACGUGCGGACUCCCGCUUUUGCCUGGGACCCGAACCGGAAGGGGGAGCUUCUGGAGACCUGGCAAACGUUGUUGGCCGUCUUGGAGGUGCUCGAGGAGAAACAGGCGCACGUCGUGAGGCCGGUGCUGUCCAAGUUUGCCUCGUUUCUGGAGCGUGCAAGUGGUUCUCCGGUCGUGCACGUUGCCUGGGUGCUCCUGCCCUUCCACCGAAUGUUGGUGCACGAGAGCCGAACGGUCGUCAAGUGGGCCCUCGCCAAGUUCACGGCCUCCAAGGCGUUGGUGGAGGCCACGUUCGAAGGCGGCAUGGAAAAGUUUGUACUGGGCCCUUUUGUGGAGGCCUUGAACGACUCGGGAAUCUUUGCAAGAGACGACAACGAUGCCUUGGGAUCGCUCGUUCAAAUUUCCAAGAGCCUUGAGCAGUUCUUCAAGCUUUGCUUCGACAUACUGUCACCUACAGACCGAUUGGGCCCAUUCCUCGCCAAGCUCUUUGCAGCUCUGUCGAGGCAGUCGUGGAACGGAGUUUCUCUGCUGUACCUCAGCUACGCCCUCCUCGGCUUCCACAAGGUCCCCGUGGUGGACGACGAAAUGCUGAAAGAUGUCGGGGAAAUACUGACAAACAUUCAGAGGUUCCAGGAGCCGGUGCUUCGUGCCUCGGCGCAGUGCUACUUGCUUGAAGUGUGCCUGGGACUUCUGGAUCCGAAAAAGGUCACCUUCGCCAGUCUCUCACGUUUCCUGGGGCUGUUCCGAAGAGACGAAGUGCUUGCGAGGGGCACCGCUCAUUGGAAUCUCACUGUAGAAGCCAUCAAAUGUCUGCUUUCGUCCGCGAACGGCAACUCUUUGCUCGGCCCCCACAACGCGGCCGCCUUUUUGCGGGAGUCGGUCAAGGAGCUCCUCAAAGCUGCCGGUCCUGCCGACGCACUUCUGCCGAGCGUGCCGAGGGUUGCAAGAAUGGCGAUCUUGCUGCACGACACGGGAUGCUUGCCCGACACGGUCACGUGGCCGGCACUGCUCGGGGGUUGUGCCGCACUGCUCGGCACUGCAAUCUUUCGUGCCUACCUUCCGCAGCUCCGAAUCCUGAGAGCGGCAGAGCUCGUGGUGGCACUACACCGGGAAGCCGAGUCAUGGAAUCGUGGUGACUCUCUACAGCAAGAAGUAUUGGCAACACUGGUGCCUGCUGCAGAAGAAAUUCACGAGUAUGUCUUUACGCAGGCUUUGGGGACCAUCGGCAGCUUAGACGACUUUGAGACGUCACAGAAGUUCUACCAGCUACUGGAUGUACUUUCGACCCAGAAAGAGUACAGCCGUCUGUUGUACAAUUUUGUCAAUGGAGGAAUCGCUCUGUGUCAUGAACAGUUGCUGCCCGCAAAUGCCUCGGAUGAUGCGGUGUCCAUCGCAACUGUGCCCCGCUGGAGGUUCCUGCGCUGGUGUUUGAAGCACUUUCCUAGCAAAGCUAGCGUCGUCGAGGAACUUCUAUCCAAAGUAAUCGACCGGGGAGGCAUUGGCAAACCGCUCAAGAAGCCUCCUGAAUGGAUAAUCCAAGACCGUGUCACAAAGUCACGUUGGGUGGCUCUGGUCACGACGGUGACUGAAGUCAUAUGGGAGAGCUUGACGGCAGUGCGCUUGUUUGCCGACGAUCGCCGUGGAAAGCUACUCGUUGAGGCCGUAGAAGCCCUCGAGACCGCGUCUCAAGAGUCCUGCCUCUACAUCUUGAGAGCGGUUUCACAUACCCUGUCUCUGAUGGAGGACGUGGAUAAGCAGCUAUUGUCGGAGUGCCUCCAGGUGUGCUGGCAGUCCUGCAAGGACCUGAAAAAGAGCGACCUGUUCCGCCCCUCUGUGGAGACGUUCAUCGCUCUCGCCUUCCGAAGUUCCGUUCUGCUCUCCGACUCAAGGUCUCUUGUUGGUCCCUACUUGGAAGAAAUUGUGGAUCUGGGCGAAGUGAUGCCCGGGGUAUUCAACAGCCUCAUCAAGCAGUUAAUCAGUGUCUGGCAGAGCAACCGAUCCCUAAUGAUAGACUAUGUCGACGUCAUGGUGAAGGCUCUCACUUACGGCCCUGUGUACCGAAAAGACCAGAGAAUCGUGUUUGAUGCCGAAGCGUUUGUGACAUCGCGAGGCCACUCCCUUUCUGUCAACCAGCUUCUGGAAAGUGAACAUCAGGCCGACGUGGAGGUCCGCGCACGUGGCAUAGCGUUUCUGAUCCAACUGGAGCCCGGCUCGGAGCUGGCUCUUCCAACGGCCGCCCAACUCUCCCAGGCGCUGGUCCGCCUCGACGCGGAAGUGUCGUCCACGCGUAAGCGCUACUUCGGCAACUCGACCAUCCAUCGGGUCAAAAACAGGAUCUGGCAAUCGCAGCUCUGCCUCCUUCAUCUUCUGGACGAGGCAACCUCUCGCAUCCUACUCGAAAACGUCUACUCGGAGCUGGUGGAAGAGAGUCAGCAGCCCUCGAUUCGUUGCCUUCUGGAGUGGGUGGCCGUGAGGAUACUCCUUGGUUACCCCCGGCUUAGGCCCACCCUGGAGCCAGCCAUGGAACAGGCGGGCGUUGCCCGCACGGGCAGCGUCUGCUCCUUCCUGGCUGUCCUGGUCCAUCUGGGCUCCUGCCUUCAAGACCCCGAUGCCCUGGAAGACCACCUGAGUUCCUACCUGCCGGUCAUCCUACCCUGGGCCAUGGGGCAACACUUUAAUGCCAGGGUGUACGCACAGACGGCACUCCACUUAGCGUCUCAGUGGAGUGAGAAAUUUGGGCUCGGCUCAGUCUUGGAGAAAUACGGGCCACUUUUCUCGUGCCUACGACGUGGCGUGCAGAUGGGAAACUGGUCAAGAAAUGUGGAGAAGCUUUUAACUGACUUCUACUUCAAGGACUUCAAAGCAUGCAGCCACUUCACAUUGCAGACCAUCUUUUGGGACCUGCCAAGGCUGACCGGCCUCACGGAUCGAGAGCUCGUGCCAGUUUCCGUCUUCGACGGCGUGCUUUCAGGCGCUGUGGGAAAAGUGGCCGUACCCCUGCACAACGGGGAUGACUCGUUAUCUGCGUCGCAGCCAAGCUACUGGCUCGAAGCUGGUGACAAAGAGGCGGGGGUCUCGGUGGAUUGCGAGGACGACUACCAGAGGAAGAUCACGCCGUGGAAACAGAUGCUGGCCGGCUGCGACCUUCCCUGCGACGACGACCUCGGGCCAGCCAAGAAGACGGCAUGCCGGGACGGAUUGGUCGUGGUGGCGUCACUUAUCGACCGCAUUCCGAACCUCGGAGGCCUUUGCAGGACCUGCGAAGUCUUUGGAGUGUCCGAAUUUGUCCUUAAUUCCCUGAAGCACACCGAGGACCGGCAGUUCCAGGGGCUGAGUGUCUCCGCCGAGAAAUGGAUCGCUCUGAGCGAGGUGAAGCCUCACCAACUCAAGGAGUACCUGGAGGAGAAGCGGAAUGCAGGCUACACGCUGGUCGGUGCCGAGCAGACGGCCGGAAGCAAAGCUCUUCACGAAUACCGGUUUCCCAAAAAGACACUCCUGCUGCUGGGGAACGAAAAGGAGGGCCUUCCCGUCGAACUGAUUCAGCUGCUGGACGUGUGCGUCGAGAUCCCCCAACGCGGAGUGAUACGCUCGCUCAAUGUCCACGUGAGCGGAGCCAUCUUGAUCUGGGAGUACGCCAAGCAGCAUCUCACUUGAGUUUGUGACCCGCUCGUUAAGCUCGUUCAAGGUAUUGAAAUCCAGCAAUAUUUGGAGCUGAGCUCUUGCAGGUGACAGUUUGCUAGACGCUAAUUUGCAACAUUACUUUUACAAGAAAUCUGAAAACAGCUAACGUAAGACGACUGCCAGUUCACCGCACGUAUUCGUGACUGUCAGUGGAGAUGUAAAUAUUUGUGGUUAAAACAUACUAUGGUUGCAGACAACUUUCUGUGAGUAUGCAGUCAAAGGUAUAAGGGCACAUGCUCGAAUGCCAAUUAAAGGCGUGCACGCACACUCCUCCUCUCGUCGAAAGUGCCUCGAAAGUUAUCCAUGGUAUGAUAGGCAGGAAAUCUGCAAUUUAUAAAUGACAACACGUUUCAGAGGCUUCUCUUAAAACCAUAAAGUUGCGUUUUUUCAUUUAUUUUUUACCAAGUUUAUUCACUUAAUAUUAAAGAGGAAAUGUGCAAAAUUGCUUUUUGCUAUUUUUAAUGCAGUACGGAACUACUAGAUGCUUCCGAAUUUAUCUUUCGUAGGUAGUGUCAUGCCUUGGCAACGGUGUGACUAUAGCGUCUCUGUUCCUCUAUUUUAUUAUAAAACUUAAAUCUCGGAGAUUCCAAAUUUUCAACUUUUAUUGUUGAGUUAGCAGUGUCACCUUUGUCUUCAGGAUGCCAACAAAUAUAAGAAAUUUGUUUCAUAAUGUAAAGCACUAAAAAAUACAAACCCUUUUAUCUUUGAAUGGCCCCAGGUGUGCAUGCCUGUGGCAGAAGGAAUUCUUUCGAAAACACUCGGAGAAGUUAACUGCUCCUUCAGAUACCCAAUACUAAGUAUGAACUCGAUAUAACAGACCCUGAUAGUACUGGAGAUUUUGGUCUGUUGUAAAACGAGUAUGUAGAGUGCAGAUACUCUUACUACAGGCUUUGAGGUGGAUUAUGACUGGAGUCUGUUCUAACCAGUGAGAAUCACGAAAUGAGAAUGGAUAUUAGAAAAGAACUGGUUUAUUGACACUUCCGAAUUUUAAAAGGUAGUAGUGAUUUUUUAUUGUACUAUACGGAUGAUCAUCAUCGCUGUGUACUUUGGGUCGUACCAGGCUCACUAGGUACAGGGAGCGAUGACAACAUUUAGCAAAAUGGAUGCCACCACUACCGAACCAAGGCCGCUUAAUGUCCGAAAUAACAACUGCUCUCGAAGAGUCCGCUAUAAUGGAAUGGUGAAUUACUUACAAACUUCCUAAUAUACAGUUCGUUAUAUCCAAAUAUAUGUUAUAACAGAGUCUGUAAUAAGCAAAAUUGGCUCAGUGGCAUAGACUGGAAGACCAAUUAAACUUAACAAAUUAUUAAUAUGUUACAGCCAGAUGUUUGCUGUAACUAAAUCUGUUGUAACAAGGUUGAACUUGAUACUAUCUUGACUGAUACAUAGUGUAAAUAUCCCAUUGAAACAUUGUGCAUUCUUUAAAUGGUUAGUGAACAAACUUGGUGCCUUUAUUCAUACGUAUUACACUGAUAAGACCCCAUUCACCUUUUCAGUCAUCAGGUAUGUGGCGUGGAACAACUCAUUGUGCAUAAACAUGUGAUGUUUGACACUGAAUGUUACUAAAUGCUAUUUGUUUCCUUUUUUUCUUUAUAAAUAAACCAAUAAACUGAGGGCA